AUUAAGUUAAAUUUGGAUGUUGUCAAAAAAAAAAGAGUUAAAAUUAGAUUAAUAUAAGGGUAUAAUUGUAUUAAUCUAAGUAAAAAUGAAUUUUGGCAUACAGGUGCACGUUUUUAUUCGCAUGUGUGCUGCCAAAUUUACACACAGUCAUCCAGGAAUAGUAGUCGUACCAAAAUUGCAAAUAAUUAUACUUUGAAUGUUUUUUUAUUUUAAUUAGUAUUACCAAACAUUAGACAAAAAAAAUUGUAGUUUUCCAGAUGAUUUAAGUUGAUUAACACAUUAUCAUGAGUGAUGUAUGCAUUAAUAUAUUGCGAAACUGUAUGUUUUGUAAGCCGGUUAUUAUUUACAAAGCGACGUUAAAAGUAUAUUCAAUAUGAGAUUUGUGAAAAAUCAUUAAAACACAUUUGCAAUUCCUGUUAUUCAAUCAACAAUUCGUAAAAACUAUAUCAAAUCAGUUGUUAUUCAAUUGUAAACAGUAUGUAGUAAAAAAAAACUUUGUAUAAAGAUUUUAGAAGACUUGAAACUCAUUUUUAGUUAGAAAUAAUUCUUGUAGAAUAAUAUGUCCGUAGAUGUUAUUUAAAGAAAUUUGAAAAUAUAUUAAUUAAUACAUUCUGAAUAUAUGUAUAAAUACAUAAGAUUUGAGACUUGCUUUGUGUUCUCGUUUUGCUAUACUUCUCACCCAGCCACCGCUCUCUUUCCCACAUCACAUCCUCUUCUCUCUCUUCCUCAUUGGACCACCACUCUCUUAUCCACAUCAACCCCACCUCUUGCUCUUUCCUCCCCACUGAGCCACCACUCUUUAUCCCUUCUAUUGCCACCGACGAGCUCGUAUCUGAGGAUUUCAGCUUUUCUUCUUUACCUCGCUAAUCCUCAAUCCCUCUUCCACCUCUACGAGCCUAGUCGUCAGCCUGCUUCCAUCCUCUCACAGACUCAAUGUAGUCGUCAUUUUUUUUUUGGCAAAAAAUGUAGCCUUGUUAUUGAUUAUGGGAUAUUCAGUUGAGUGUUUUUCUGUUGAGAUAACUAAACUUUUUCACCAUGUUCCUUUUAGAAAGUAAGAAUACUUUAUAGUGAUGGAAACACCAAGGGAAGAAUGUCUCGGAACAGCUAUGUUGACGUCUUUGAGAAUAGAUUUGUCUCGAAUAAAUCUUUACAUCGUCUUGAUAAGUCUUCAUGGUUUGAUACGUGGUGAAAACAUGGAGUUUGGUCCGGAUUCUGAUAUUGGUGGACACGUGCAGUAUGUUGUGGAAUUUGCACGGACAUUGGGCUCAAUGCCUAGAGUCUAUCGUGUCGAUUUGUGUUGACCAGAAAGAUAUCCGCACAAGAAUGAGAUAGCAGCGACUCUGAAACGAAUGAAAUGCUAAAUCCUUUGGACACAGACAGCAUAGAGCAGGAGCAUGGAGAUAAUAGUGGAGCUUAAAUGGAAUUUUAUCUUAGCUUGGAACAAGAUAUAUAAUGUGAUUCUACUUUAUACGAAAGCCUUCUUCAGCAA